GUCAAGAUUUUUCUCUCAUUCCCAGGCCACCAUUAUUACCUUAUGCAGGCGACAACAUUAGGGAUUCAGAGAUUGACCACUUAGUCAGACUCUCACAGAACUGGCAUCUGGUUGGUGGUGACUAGUGAUCGGUGUUUCGUGCUGGAUAGCAUGACAUGAUCAGAAUUGCCCUGGUCGUAUCUCGUACCUAAACGCUAAAUGAGCCGAUCGACUUCUUAUGCCCAUACAAACUGUCUCCGACAUAUAGGCUAUCCCCUAGGAUCCACCGGCCUCCGGAUAUCCCUCAAGGCAGCCUUCCCCUUAGGAUUCUCUCUUUUUUCAAUUCAAUACCUCGUCGUUCCCAUCCUUCAAUCACUCUCCUUUACGCCGCGCUUGUCUGGCGACAAUCUCUCCCUCACUUCCUCCUCUACACACCACACUCUUUUAGGUGCACUUCCUCACAAUGCCGGGCCGAACCCUACCUACGAUCCCUCUAUCGGAGGUCGAGACCCAUAACACAAAGUCCUCUUGUUAUGUCACCAUCGGCGAACGCGUCUUUGAUGUGACCGAUUUCCUCGAAGACCAUCCUGGUGGACCAGAGUUCAUCUUGGAAUAUGCAGGCAAAGAUAUCAAAGAAAUCUUGCAGGAUCAAACCUCGCAUGCCCACAGCGAGGCGGCCUACGAAAUUCUCGAGGACAGUCUGGUGGGCUUCGUCGCCACGGCACCGGUGUUGAAGACGGCAGUUGAUUCCACACAUCCUGACCAAGUCGUUCCCCUUCCAGCGACGGCCAAUGGCAACGCCGAGCUCCAGGACCACGGGGUCCAAACCAAAGACCUCCCUGCGCGACCCCUCUACGAAUCCACCGGCAUGUCGAGCGCAGAAGAUCUUUCCAAGGAGACGGACCUGGAUUCAGAUUGGAAAACCCACAAGUUCUUGGACCUGAACCGACCACUGUUCCCCCAGAUGCUUUUCAGCAACUUCUCUAAAGAAUUCUACCUCGAGCAAGUACACCGGCCCCGACAUUACAAAGGAGGUGCAUCGGCUCCGUUGUUUGGAAAUUUCAUGGAGCCCCUCAGCAAGACGGCCUGGUAUGUCAUUCCCAUUAUAUGGCUACCACCUGUCACGUACGGUUCUGUCAUUGGCUUCAUGCACCUUUCCUCCACGACAGAGGCGGCAGGAUACUGGCUGUUGGGAUUAUUCUUGUGGACUCUGGUCGAAUACAUUCUCCAUCGCUUUUUGUUCCACAUUGACAAACUGAUGCCCGACCACCCUGUCGCAUUGACGUUACAUUUCCUCCUGCACGGCAUUCAUCAUUACCUUCCCAUGGACCGAUACCGCCUGGUAAUGCCACCCAGUUUGUUCUUGAUCUUGGCAACUCCCUUUUACAAGCUGGCCCACGCCGUCUUCUGGUACGACUGGUAUGCCGCCGUCACGGUGUUCUCAGGGGGCAUCUUCGGGUAUAUCUGCUACGACUGCACGCACUACUGGCUGCAUCACAGACAGCUCCCCGCGUACGUCCGUGACCUGAAAAAAUACCAUCUGGCACAUCAUUACCAGAAUUUCGAACUCGGGUAAGUGAUUCGAUAUAGUUCCAGUUUAGCCCACUUGACUGACUUGUCUCGUCUAGGUUCGGAGUGACAUCCAAAUUCUGGGAUUACGUUUGGGGUACACAACUUGAAUACACCAAACCUGUCAAGGCUUCCCAGUGAUGGGUGGCAAGAUGUUUUGAUGUUGACGCAUGAGCUUGUAUAAUAUGUUUGCAUUGCCGGCAGAUUAUGAGAUGGCGUUGAUGUUGUCAUAGAGUGAUGGGCGUGUUGGAACUUCGGCCGUUGUCUGGGAUGGGGGCUUUCACAUAUACUUAAUUCGACAUCGUGCCUGUCGACUUGACUUGACGAUGGAACUAAUGGUUUAUCGCCGCGAUAGAUGAAUCAAUUAAUAAUGACUGUUCACCGAGCGA